GCGUCUAGAUGUCUAUGGUGUUCCUCAUAUCUCUGGAGUGUUGCUGUUUCUCUCGCGAGAUCUGACAACACUGCGUGGGAUGGACUGGGAACCAAACAGGACGAGAAAAAGUUAAGAUGGCGUUUUGCGGAGAAAGACGUUAUUGUGUAUAUAACAGUUCUGUGUUCUUAAUCGGUGCGUACAUGUAGACAUAUAUGUUGUUUAACAGAGUAAACAUUGUUCAUCGUUGUUUGGGUCCUGGAUACAUCAGUCUAAGAGCACUUUGCUGUUUCUCGUGCUAGCUCAGCUUGCUAGUUACCUUAGCUUGUUAGCUGCUAACAAAGACACGCAGUAGUGAUCAACACAUCGCUAAGCAGAGAUCAAGUGUGAGUGUAAAGUGUUGUGAUUGUGUGAAAAUGUGCGAAAGAACGAUAGCAGAGUACAAAGAGGAACUUUCUCGAACAAAAGAGGAGAAGGAGCGACAACGUCAACUACUGGACGCUGUUUUCAAGAAACCUCAAUUUGUGUUACACAUAACAGACGUCAAGCAGCCCCGCCGCUUUGAAGAGGAGCCACAGCCCCCACAUAAUAAAGAGGAAGUGUGGAUCACUCAGGAGGGAGAGUGUCUUGCAGGGCAGGAGGAGGCUGAUCUCACCAAGUUUCCACUGACUGUUGUCUCUGUGAAGACUGAAAACCAUGGAGACAAACCACCUGAGUCCUCACACCUUCAUCCCAGUCCAAACAACUGUGAAGAACAUUUUCUCCCUGAGCAACAGAAGUGGAGCUUCAGGAUGGUGAAGGAGGAGCCACAGCCCUCCCACAUUAAAGAGGAAGAAAAGGCGCCACAAACACUGCACAUUAAAAACGAGAAGGAGGACCCACUCACCCCCCAUUUCAAAGAGGAAGAGGAGGUGCCAGAAACCCCCCACAUUAAAGAGGAAGAGGAGGAACACAGCAUCAGUCAGGAGGGAGAGCAUCGUGAAUGUUUGGAGGAGUUCCCAGUGAUUGGUGUGAUUGUGAAGAGUGAAGAUGAUGAGGUCAAAGGUGAAAGUGAGGAGAAGAGAGAGGCGGAGCCUCUAAGCAGCAGCUCAACUCAACACAUGACAACAGAAGCUGAUGGAGACCACUGUGGAGGAUCACAAGCAGACAAGAUCUUAGCGCCACUAUCAGAUAGUGAGGACACAACAUCUCACUCUCCUGACACUGAUGAUGAAGACUCUAAAGAUGAUAAGACAUGUCACACUGACAACACACGCUUGACAUGUUCUCACUGUGACAAAACUUUUAGUUACCGUGGUAAUCUGAAAGUACACAUGAGAAUACACACUGGAGAAAACCCUUUUACUUGUUCAAUCUGCGGUAAAAGAUUUGGACGAAAAAAUGUGUUGAAUUUACACAUGAAAACACACACUGGAGAAAAACCUUUUUCAUGUUCAGUAUGUGGUAAAGGUUUUGUACAAAGUGGUGAUCUGAAAGUACACAUGAGAACACACACUGGAGAAAAACCUUUCUCCUGCUCAGAAUGUAGUACAUGUUUUAAACGAAGUGGUAAUUUGAAAAUACACAUGCGAAAACACACGGGAGAAAAACCUUUUUCAUGUUCAUUGUGUGGUAAAUGUUUUAUAGAAAGUAGUGAGUUGAAAGUACACAUGAGAACACACACUGGAGAAAAACCAUUCUUGUGCUCAAUUUGUAGUAAAAGAUUCACACAGAAGGCAAAUUUAAUCAUGCACACAAGAAUACACACUGGUGAAAAACCUUAUAUAUGUUCAGUAUGUGGUAAAGGUUUUACACAAAGUCAAUCUUUAAAAGCACACAUGAGAACACACAAUGGAGACAAAACAUUCAUGUGCUCAAUUUGUAGUAAAAGAUUCACCCAGAAAGCAUAUUUAUCAAGACACACAAAAAUACACACUGGUGAAAAACCUUUUAUGUGUUCAGUAUGUGGUAAAGGUUUUACACAAAGUCACUGUUUUAAUGUACACAUGAGUAGACACACAGGUGAGAAAGUGUAGAGUUGCAGUGUGUGUGGUGAAAGAUUAUCUUCUAAGUACCAGUGUAAGAAACACAAGUGUGCUGGUAAGAACAGCGGCAGCAAAUGAAGAUGCAGGAUUUGAAAUAAACUGUCAAGACUUUAAUUUUGACUUUCUAACAACAUCAGCACAUAUAACAUGUGUGACAUCAUUGUUGUGUAACAGAAUCUCGUUAAUAUGAUUCUUAGAUGUUUUAGAUUAGUAGUUUUAUUUCAGUCAAGUAGGCUACGUCCAUGAAUACACGUCCUUGUGCAUAUAAAACGACAAAACGGGUUUCUUUGAAUAGUUGUAGACUGAAGCAACAGCUAAUCUCGCUUAGUUUUAAAAAAAAAUUAUUCUGAGGAAAAAAACUUCACCUCUUGCGGUCAUGUAUUGUACUAAUUAAAACCUGAAUGUCUUAUUAAUCGUGCAUACAGUAUAACGUGUGACAUUGUUGUGUGUGUAGCACAAUCUUGUUAAUAUGCUUCUAACAUUUAUAUUUUUAGAUAUUUUAGAUUUGUGUUUUUUUCUGUCAAAUACAUGCACUAAUAUACAACAUUGUGUACUUUUUUUAAUAAAAAAUGAACAAUUUGACUGAAAAGAUGAGAAUAAACAGUACAAAACAUAUGUUACAUACAAUAAACAUUU